CCUUUCCUCCCCAGAGCUUAUUUGAUGGGGAAGCCGCCAACUGCGGCAAGAUUUUCUUGGGAUCUCACUUCAAGUUGUGCCCAGCAGCGUCAUGGCUCGUGGGGCAGAAUGAACCACCGGGGACCAGAGGUGAAGGAAAUCUUGUUUGCACCCCCUGCACACCAAAGGAAUUACGAAAUCAAACCAAGAAGGAAGACGAGCGAGGCCGUGUGUAAUACGGAGCCUGGUCGAAAACGCAAGCGUGACAAGCGAGAAUCAGGGGAGAAUGUUGGCAGGAAACGGGGCAAAGGUGCUCGGGUUGCAGGAAAUAUGCUAAAACCUGUUAUUUCGUCCAGGAGUUAUUCUCGAGACAGGCUCACUGUAGGCCGAUAUCACGUGAGGAAACAAGUUCUGUUCACUAAUUUAGUCAACCGAUAGCUUCCAUCAAUUCAUGGAACAGGGCUUUUCAAGAAGGGUCGCGCCUCGCACCCGGUGAAAUCCGGCCGUUCGUUCCGCGAGCUCCCGGAAGCGUAUAUUUGGCUAACGACUGAGCCGAACAGUAUCGGAUUUGGUUUUUUCAGAAAUGAGGUUUCUUGCGGAAACCCGUGAGGACCAAGCCGCCCCGGAUCGGCCAGAAAUACCGGUGGUGUCCGGGGGUGAGGAGUUUUUGCGCGUGUCACUGGGGUCGGAGGUUUCACAGUCUGAUAGUGCACAGAAAUCCUCGGGCAUCACCCAUGGUGACGAAGUGGCCCAUGUUACGGAAAUGCAAGGUAAAGUUAAGCAUGGGUUGAUACCAACGAGCCUUGCCCAGUUAAACGGGGGUCGUACGACCACUGAACUUCCGCAACUGCGUUGUGUUACUCAGAAAAAGGUAGUACCAGGCCCUGCCUCCGAUGUUGGGGAUUUCUUCGGGGCACUACAAACUCUGUUGUCCCCUGCCCAUACGGCAAGUAAGCGAAUAAUGCCAGGCAGGACGAGCAGCAACAAGCCCAAGUUAAUCGUUGCGAACGCGAGCGCAGGAAGAGGAUCUCAGGGCUUGAAAGGGUCGGUGGAUGAGAGACUUCGAAAACACGUGCCCGGGCAAUCACAAGCUGUGUCCCCAUCGCUUGAAGUAGGAGGAUUACAGUUGAGAGGAACAGAAAAAGCGGAGGGUGUUUUUUUUGGAAUCCGGGGGGAUGUACGAAGGCCCACAAAGAGCGGAAGCGACGGAGAAUAUAAGGUGUGAGAAUAGUCAUUUGAAUAGGCUCGGAGGGGCUAUCAACCGCUAGUGUUAACUUUUGCCAGGAGCAGUGGUCAUCGUCACCGCUUUCAGCUCUCCUGCGUGUCUGUUCUGCUGCGCCCGACGAGGCAGACAGUAGGCGGAAUAUGGGAUCAUUGGCCCCUCACGUGAUGGAAUCUGCCUCCAGGGCACCGCCGGUACGAAUCAAGGAAAUGUUAGGACGUGAUGAGGCUAGAGAUCAAGCGGGCGGGCUGAGAUAUAAUGGGAGAGUUUAUGAUGAUAAUGAAUGGGGAGGGGCGCGGGGAGUGACCUGCUGCGAAAAAGCUAAAUAUGAAGACAGGGAAGGGCAAAUACAAUACCGGGGGGACGGCUGGAGCGUUCGCGGAUCCGGAAGACAGAUUGGUUCCGAUGAGGGACAAGGUGGGGGAGUUGGGGCGAAGAGCAGGAGGGGUUUGGCGAGAGUAGGACAAGCAACGCCCUUUAACGUUCUCUCGCCGUGCGACCAAGAAUGGCUUGACAACAGCGGCUCAGGAUGUCUACGGGCGGAGUAUCUAGGAGCUAACUCCCCCGGAGGAUUGACUAGCGCAGGCACAAUAGCACGUAUUGAGGAGGAAGUGGAGGAAAUGUCAGCGGACAAGUCGCCCGGUAUACCUUGUUGGGAUUGGAUUGACAACCCUCCGGAAGGCACUGAAAUCAUGCAAGAUUCACCUAAAGGGCCUGAUAUCCUAGAAACGAAACACGUGAUAUCAGGGGUAAACGAAGGAUACAAAGAGGACCAAUAUUGUUCCUAUAGCCGUAGGCUUAUGGAAGACAAUGGCGGGUUUCAAACGUUACCAGCUUCUGCAAACCCCGGUGCGCAUAUAUUGGGUAGGAAAUUCUGGAGACCGAAUCUACGCGCGUGAGCGGACUUGCGCUAAAAGAACGGAUGUGGGAAUAGGGGCUAUAGGCCAUGCAGGGGAGGGGAGAGGUCUUAGACAAACACAAUGGGAAUCUUGGCGCCCAUGUCAUGAGACAGUUGGUGGAAAUUUUUGGGAGAGAGUACGGCAGAGAGGUCAAAGGCGAGUGAGAUGGGAUAUGAUAGUGAAGAAAACUAUCACAGACUGUAAGCUUUGUUAUUAUUAUUAUUACAUAGCUUUAAGCUUAGUGUAAGACCA